UUUCAAUUCUCAACUUAAAACCACCCAAAGCCUCUUUUCCCAUUUCUGAAGUUAUUACAACCAUUAAAACAAUGUCACAAAGAGUCUACAGGGACGGCGACGGUGGCGAUGGCGAUGGCGACGGCGGUGCCGCACAGCUUUACUUCUGCCAUGAAUGCAACCGUACGGUUUCCAUUAGACCUUCCGCUUCUUCCGAACUGCUUUGCCCCGAUUGUAACGGUGGAUUCCUUGAAGAAUACGAAAACCCUAACCCUAGCUCCGGCAAUCCGUUUCUCGAUUUUGAUGAUGCGUCGCCGUUUGCCUCGUUGGCGUCCGGUUUUCCUCUCGUCUUCUCUUCGAGUUCUUCUGAUUUUCAGAACCCUAACGAUUUGUCGGCGUUGUUUGGUGGCCCGAUGUCUCGACCGUCCGAUGGAGGUGUUCAAACCCCUGGGGAGUUUAAUCCGUUUGCGUUUUUACAGAAUUAUCUUAAUACUUUGCGAGCAGGUGGAGCAAAUAUUCAGUUUGUAAUUGAGAACAAUACGGAUGGGGAUCCGUCAGGGUUUCGUGUUCCGUCGAAUUUAGGUGAUUACUUUAUUGGUCCUGGAUUGGAACAACUGAUUCAACAGCUUGCUGAGAAUGAUCCGAAUCGGUAUGGCACGCCUCCUGCGUCGAAAUCGGCUGUUGAAAACCUUCCGAGUGUUAAAAUUAGUAAGGAGUUGAUGGAAUCCGAUUAUUCGGAUUGUGCAGUGUGUAAAGAUAGCUUUGAACUUGAUGAGGAUGCUAAGCAGUUGCCUUGUAAGCAUAUUUACCAUCCGGAUUGUAUUUUGCCAUGGUUGGAGCUGCAUAAUUCUUGUCCGGUUUGUCGGUAUGAAUUGCCAACGGAUGAUCCGGAUUAUGAGAAUAAGUCUAGGCAAAGUUCUGGCGGUGGCGGUGGUGGUUCUGGUUCUGGUGGUGCGUCGUCGGGUGGUUCAGGGGGCGGUUCUCAUGAUAAUCCUCUGACACCUAGGACUAUUGAAAGGAGGUUUAGGAUAAACCUGCCGUGGCCUUUUUCGGGGUUCGGUACGUCUGCUGAGACGAGCAAUAGUGGAGCAGGGAACAACAACAACAAUUCAGGAGAUGGUAAUCAAGGGAGUGGUGGUCAGGCUAGACAAGAAGAUCUUGAUUGAAGACAGAUAUAGUUUGUGAGAAUAUGGAAUCUAAAGCAGGAUCGUUUGUGUGCUGAUAGUGUGUUUAGGUUGCCAACAGUGGCGGAUCCAGGGGUGUUUUGGGGGUUCCCGGGAACCCCCUCGAUUUGGAAAAAAAAUGAAAAAAAUAGUGGAAAUUUUAUAUGAUUUAAAAAAUAUAGUAAGAAUUAGUGAAAAUCUAUUAAAAGGAACCCGGUGAAAAUAAUUCCCGAAUCCGCCACUGGUUGCCAAAGUAGUAGAGUAGUUUCACUGCUCAAGAUUCAAAACAGGUUAUUGCACUGUUUCAGAUUAGGCGAUUAAAACCAACCUCGUUUUUUCCAUAACAUGCGUUUAUUUGAAGGAUUUUAUCUAGAAAACAAUGUAUUUUUAUGUUAAGUUAAUUAAUCUUUUGCGUUUUAAAUUUGAAGGAUCAUUAGAGUUUAAAGUUUUUGUAUCUUUGCUUUAUUCUUCCGUGUGAAAACGAUAUUUCUUUUUUUAUUUUUUGUUACAUAUAUAUAUAUAUAUAUAUAUUUAUUUAUUUUGAGCUUUUUGUGUGCUAUGGGCUAAAGACACUACUAUGAAUUAAAGACACCAAGAUCUUCAGUGUAGAUUAUAAUAGUGACUUUGUAUAAAGUCAUAGAAAGAUAUUGUUGAAAUUGUAGGAUGUUCUGUGCUCGGGAAGGCUCAACUGGGCGAGUUUCAUGAGAUUUCCCAAACCGGUUGAGAAACUUUUUUGUGUUUCAAAUUGUAUUUCAUAUGUCUAAAAUGUCAAUGGAGUUUGUAGAUCAAAAUCGAACUAGGUAAUGUCGAGUCAAGCUCGUUAAUGUUCAAAAAAGAGUCAGCUAGGUGAUUUUGUUAACCUAAUAAUUCAGUUAGGUGUGUUUUAAAUUGCUUGUUUGAACGUUAAUAUGUUAUCUGCUGGGAAAAAUGUAAUCACAUUUCGUAGUAAGGAUGAA